GUCCCGAGUCCCACUGCCCUGCACUUUCCUGUUGGCCUCCAACUGCCCCGCCAGUUCCGGGGAGGAUCCUGGGCCAGCGCUGUCCCCCGCCCCCUUCAUAAAGGCCGGGCCUGCGACAGCGCACAGCUGCCUGCCCAGAGGACACCGCGCCACCCUGUGUCCCACGCCCUACUUCCCGGCUUCUGCCUGCCAGCGCCGGGACCAUGGCGGUGUCCCGCCGCCCAGUCGCCCUAGCCCUGUGCGUCUUCCUGAGUCUGUGCAGAGCUGGAGCCCAGCAUGGCCCUGCAUGUGCUAAGUGGUGUCCUCCGAACUCUGUAUGUGUCAGUGGCACCGCCUGUCGCUGCAAGCUGGGAUUCAGUCCACCUGAUAAGCUCAUCACCAGUCCCACGGGGACCUGUGACGACAUCAACGAGUGUGCUGCACCCCUGAAAGUGUCUUGUGGCAAGUUUGCGGACUGUGAGAACACGGAGGGGAGCUACUACUGCACCUGCAGCCCGGGAUAUGAGCUCGAGUCCGGGGGAAAGAAUUUCAGCAACGAGAGUGAGAACACGUGUCGAGGUGAGAGUCCCCUCUCCCCCCACCUCCCUUGUCACCAGCAGACAGGUCCCCUGUCACGCUGCCAAAGUGGAGGGGGCGCCAGGGCCCCAACCUCGCAGCUGUGUGCAUGGCGCUGGCUAGAAUGAUUCCCCGGAAAACACUGUUCAGGCAGGUGUGGUGGGGCACACCUGUAAUCCCAGCACCUAGGAGGCAGAGGCAGAAGCAUGUGGAGUUCGAGGCCAGCCUGGGGAGGAUGGGAGGUGUAGCUCAAGUGUCAGAGCACUUGCCUAGCAGACUAGGACUCAACUCCCAGUACUGAGAAGAA